ACGUUUGCAGCAGUGAUUGUGAAUUGGAAUGGAACCACCUGCCACCAGGACGCGAAGUCAGUCAGGAUAAUAAACAAACAUGGGAAGAAAAUCGAGGACUGGUCUUGUGGCUACGGCAUUUGCAGCUCUGGCAUUUGUGUUUAUUUUCAUUGCGUUUGUCUCUCCGUAUUGGCUCGAAACAGAUGGCAAAUUAAAAGAUCCGAAAUUCCUGAACAUAGGCCUGUGGCAGGUUUGUUUCCAAGGGUUUGUUGAUCCUCGCCACUGGUAUGAGACAGAGUUUUAUGGUUGUUGGUGGGUAUUUGAAGAGGAAUAUUACAUUAUCCAUGAUAUAUUAUUGCCAGGUUUCUUUGUUGCAACACAGUUUUUUUUCACCUUGUGCUUCACACUUCUACUGAUAGCUAGUUUUCUCGUGCCCUUAUACCUGUGUUGCAGUCGGGAGCACGAGCGUUUUGUACUGCUUCUGCUUGUUAUAGGAACUGAUCUCACAAUAGCAGCUGUAUCAGGAACAAUUGCUGUCAUUAUUUUUGGUGCAUGUGGAGAUGGCCGAGAUUGGAUGCCAAACUGGGAACAUAAUAACAUAUCCUGGUCUUAUGCACUAGCUGUCUUUGGAGUUCUGUUCCUCUACAUUAGUGGAAUUCUGUACCUAGUAGAGGGGCGUGUUCAUCAUAAGAAGCGUGAGAGGGCACGGGAGGCCACUCAUUCAGCUUAUCAUAUGGAACAAAGGAAGGGUCACACAACAAUCUGAAAGACAGCAUUUUGAGAAGUGAUUUAUACUGGAGUUUGUUCAAAGAAUUUCACAUAGCCCACCCUUCUGUCAGUUUUAGGUUGGGCAUGAACAUGUUUCUUUUAGCGCCAAGUUUUAAGAUAUAAUUUAGAAGAGUGUGUUGUCAACGUAUAUUUUAAUUUAGUUAUUUUCACCAUAUAGGCAUAACCUCAGAAUAUUGACAUACCUGUAUUAUGUGUAACAUGAACUAAUAACUUGCCACCCACAAAGUUUUUUUGUUAUGUUUAUCUUAUGUGUUUUAGUAAUUUUUUAUUCUGCCUCAAAUUCUUUGAAGGUCAGCCAUGGGGUUAUAGCCUGCUAAUUCAGAAACGCUGUUUUACACUGUAUGAACUUUAAAUUCUGCAGUAAUUAUUCAUAUACUCUUAGAUGAUAUGGUAUGCAUUCAUAUCAUCCUUGAAGCACAAUUUUAUGUAGGCCAAGGCAAAAUUCGGAUAAUGUUCUCACAUUUUUAAAACACGUGUACUUGUCUUAUUCAGUUAUCUAAAAUUUAUGGGUGCCUUGUAGCUCUAGGCUAGGUUUGUUAGCCUGGGCACUACAUAUUGUAAAUAAGAAAUAGAGUUGCAUUUUAUUAAAAUUAUACAUUUAUAGCAACACUUCAGAGACCCUUGCAGCAUCAGUGAUAGAGGUGAUGAGACACAACAUGGCAUUGUAACCUAGAAGACAGCCAUCUUCAUACUUUCUGUUGUAAGAACCUCAAAUCGUUGUUGCAUAUGCAGUAAAACAGCAAUAUAAUGCUCAUAACUUGUUCUGGAAUAGCGAUCUUGUUAUUACCUAAAUAUGCAUGAGUUAAAUUGCAGAUUAUUAAAACAAAGCUUUAAAUGUUACUCUUUUACCUAAUUUCAUUGUGAGUUGUGUCCAUAUUUUUAGCGCAAACAUUCUGUGGAAUUAGAUAUAACAGUAUUUUGAAUCUCUCAUUGAUUUUAACAAGUCAUUCUUAAGUUUAUAUAAUUCUGAGUUAGUAAUAAAUAUAAUUAUGUACCAGAUUAGGAGUAUAAAAUAAAUUAUGCAAAAGCUUUUUUCUAGUUCUGGUUGAAUCUCAUUUUAUAGUUGCAGUUCUGAAGACAAAAUUUGUUUUGGCCAAUCCAUUAUUAAUUUUAAGAAUUAAGGAAAUAGAAAUGUAUAUUGUAUAUAGUGCUGAACUGAUCAGUAUUCAAAGAAUGUUACUCAUGAAAAUGAAGAGUUUUGAAUUAAAUCUGUUUCCCAAGUUACAUAUUACUUUGCAAUCUCUGCAGUUUGAACAGCAUGUCAGUAACUUAUCAAUCUUAAACAAGUAAUGUCUUUUUUUCUAUAGUUUUUGCUACCUUUCAAAAUAUGAAAGGUUAAUUUUUCUUGUACAGUUUAUAUUGUGCAUUACUGUAAACUAUGAACUUAACAGAUAUCUAAUCAUUUAUCAUUAAGGUACUGAUCCAUUGGUAUAGCAAUCGUAUAUUUCUUUUGCAAUACUGUUAUGUGGUCAAUACUGGGGAGGGAGAAACAUAGUAAAGUGAAAACAAAAAUUUGUAUAUUUGGAAGAGGAAUGAGCAGUUAUCACAGAUGAAUAAAAUGCAGACUGCAAUAUUCCCCAAUGAAGAUGGGUGUGAAAGCAAUGAAAAUUGUAAUUCCUAACACUGAUGAUGUUGUUGAUUAGAUGUUUAAAAGUAUUGACAUUCCGUCCAAAGCAGUGAACAUUGCAUCACUAAAAGCUUAUAUAAAUUUUACUGUAAUAUUGAAAUAGAAAUGUAUUUUUAUAGUGUUAUUUCUUACUGAAAUUACGCAUUUUAUAUUUUAUACAAUUAGCACUGGCAGUGUGACUUUCUUUUUCAAGUGUAUAGAACUAUUUUAUUACAUGUGUUUAAUAAAUAAUAAUAUAUGCACUAUG